GAUGUUACGUGAGUAUCUCUAGUUUGUGGUACUAAUACUAUAGGCACAAACUGAAUAGAGAUUAUUGGAACAAAAUAAAAACAACAUAAACAGCACUUAUUUGAAAUCAGUAAAUAGUUUAAAAAACACCUAAAUUGCUCUCUUUCUAUUAAAGAAUACUAACAGUGAUAUAUGAAGUAUAAUGCUUAUCGUAUAAGUUGAAUUAGAAUACUGUACACAACAACGAAAUGGAUAAACUAACAGUGAUAUCAGGGACACUCUUCAUGGCUGCAGAUGUUUUUGCAAUAGUAAGCUUAGCUAUGCCUGACUGGAUAAUAACGGAUGUCGGAGGUGACACACGCCUUGGUCUAAUGUGGUCUUGCAUAACAUUGUACAACAGACCACAAGUUUGUUUCACUCCAGACCUGCAGCCCGAGUGGCUGCUUGCUCUAAUAUGUAUAUUUAUUGGUUGUAUUUGCAUAACAACAACAGUAAUACUGCUUGCAUCAAGUCAUUUUGAUAGAAAUGUGAUCUCAUAUGCCCGUUGGGUUGGAUUUGCAGCAAUGGUUGUUUUCUGUCUUGCUGCAGUGAUUUUCCCUAUGGGCUUCCAUGUAGAUGAAAUUGGAGGCCAGCCAUACCAACUGCCUAAUAGCCACCAAGUGGGAAUUUCAUACAUAUUAUUUGUUCUCUCACUUUGGAUAACAGUGAUAUCAGAAUUGUUUGCUGGAAAGGUUUGUCUCCCACAUUUUUAAGAGUCAAGAUAUUCCAACACGGAAAUAGUAUCAAUUCAACAUCAAAGGAAAAAAUAUGGAAACUUAUAAAUAAUAAAAGUAUUUUUCCUUAGAUAUAAAAAAAAUAUAAAUAUAACCACCUGCCUAGGCAAAACAGGAAUCUGUUAUAUCUGGUUCUCUAGAGGUAAGGUAUAUUUAAGAAUAAAUUUAAUGCAAUUUAUCAAUGUAAUAAAAAAAAUUGUUUUAUUUAUUGGUUUGAAUAAAAUUUACAAAAUUUUAAAAAUAUUAAGAGUAAUUAUCCCUGUAUGUAGGGUAAAAUAAUAAAAAAUGUAUGUCAAAAAUUGUAUAUUAAUAGACCAAGACAGCCAAGCAAGAUAGACAAGCCAAAUUCGUACCAUGAAGCAAAAUGUGUUCGCUCAUGGCUGAAGACGCGUAAAGGCGUCACUUUAAUGAGUGGCGGCUGACGCACGGAGGCGUCACAGAAGAUUUGUUAGCCGCCAUGUGGAAAAGUCUUAAAAAGUGUGGUACGCAAUGAAUCGGUUAUGAAUGUCAUUGAAAUGUAUGAAUCCGUCGCUUUUUUGUGCCAAUUCGAAUUUGGUCGGUUAGCUAGUAAUUGAGGUUAUGUUUUUUUUUUUUGUAUAUGUCGCAGGAAAAUGAAGUAUCUAGAGAUUUCGCGAAAUCCCUAGGGAUGUCACGAAAUCACGGCAUAUGUUGAAUAUUCUUAUUUACGACGCCUUCUUACUAAAAUAGUCAGUGAAAUGUCGUUUCACUAAAUUAAAUCUAGUGAAAUGUCAGAAAUAUGGAUACCUCCGAGUAAAAAUCGUCCAUUGUAUAUAUAACGUCCAUGCUCCUUACAACAAAGCGGUAGGCGAUGGCACCGUGUGGUUUUAGUGGGUUCAAGCCCCACAAAACCCGUCCGGCUUCCCGUACCCGGCCGGGUAGACGAAGGUCUUUCCACACGUAAAAAAAGCUUAGGUUAGGUUAAUAAUUAUGUAAGUACUUUUAAAAGGACUUAGCACGAACCUUUUUUAUUCUUUAUUUCACUAGAUUGAGAUGAGUGAAAUUAUAUAUCACUAGAUUGAAAUAGUAUUUUGUCAUAUCACUAAUAAUUUUUUAGUAAGAAGAUGUAUUAAAUAGGAUUAUUCACCAUCUUCCGUGAUUUCGUGGUAUACCUAGGGAUUUCGUGAAAUUUCUGAUAUCCUCAUUUCUCUGCGUCAUAUAUAUCUAGAUAAAUGCGCAUUAUCUAGAGCUGAAAUUUUCAGGACAUGUAUUUCUAAGUAAGUAUUAAUUUGUUGUGUACAUAUAUAUCUUUGGUUGAAUAGGUUGUUAGUCAAAGUUAAAUUACUGAUAGAUGCGUGAACGAACUUUCCUGAAACUUAUUAUAUCUGUUAAGAAUACCAAGGCGACCUAAAUGCAGCUUUCAGUAAGCUUCUUAGUGCUUCCGUUUAAGCGCUAGAAGGCUUUAUCAAUUACUUCUAGGAUUUCCGAUUACUCUUAAACAGUAGAUUAAAUUAGCACUAUUAAUUACCUAUAUGUUUAAGCCAAGGUCGCAUAUUCAAUGGUUUCCGAGAUACAGCUUUCUGCAAAACGUGACUCCAGCAGGAAACUAAAUAACUCUAAAACCCUAUGGCGCACAAAUUAAAUUUUUGCUGCACUUUUUUUGCUGAAAUAUAAGCUAUCUGCUGAUAUUCAUUACUUGCUUCUCCGGCUCCAGGAGGAAAAAUCUUCCUGCUGGAACAGCGUUUCUCCAGCAGAAUUUGUUUUUUCUGUUUAUUUCCGAAACGGUUAUGUGCACAAAUUUUAUAUUUCGCGCACAUUUACACGAGAUAAUGCAUUAAUUAUUUAGUAUACUCAGGAGGGUCUAGAACGAAACUUCCUGCUGGAGUCACGCACACGUUUUUGGCGGGAUGAAAAGUAAAUGUUCUUUAUGGCAUUCGUAUUAGUUGGGAUGAAGAAUCGAUGUAUCGACGGUAUAGAUUUGCGAACUGUAUAAUUCUCACGUGGCUAACAUAAGUUUGAGACAUUCUCGUAGUUGAUUAUGUGGGUACAUAAAUAACAGAAGUUAGAGUUAAAAUAAUGUAAUAAUAUUUAUGUGACAUUCUGCAUGCAUGUAUUGAUAUAAAUAAAAUUAAAUUUACGAUACAUAUUUACAUAAAUCUUGCAGGACGAAAACUAAAACAACACUUUAAAUCCGUUUAGUAACAUGUAUUGAAUUGUCUUUUGUAAGUCUUGCACUGCUCAUUGUUCAUAUUCACACUAAAACUCCCAACUCUGUUAUCACUUCACAUUGAUGUAGAUUCCUUCCGACGAAUACUGCCUCUAAUUUUCAAUUGAAUAUCUGAAGUUGCAAUGUGUUUUGUUGUUUUGCCGCCUCAUCCUAGUUAAGCUGAUCAAAAUAAGGUGAGCAUAAUAUGUGUCUGGGAACGACAAGGGUCAAGCGUCGAAUCCUGUGGCCGCGGUAGCUUGUUACAUCACCACGCAACAACAUGCUACAUAUACAGGACGGCUGUCUAACAGAAAAUGUUAAAUAUUAGCAAUUGCUGGGAGGCUGGCUUUGCAAUCGAUUUGAGACUGAUUGCUGCCAAUGUAAGUGAGAGGAAAAUGAUUUAAGAACUCUAGUGCCUUAGCGCUGGAUUCAAACGCCAACUCUCGAACGAUGAAGUCCACAGGUACUGACUGCCUGUAGCUGCACAUAUAAAGAAAUAUUAAUACAAACACAAUAAAUGGACAGUUGAUGAACCUGGAACUAAACGCACAUUAUUGUUGAAAAAUAAAUAAAUAUACCUACUGACUAAAAUUGAUUUUGCAUGUUGUGUUAAUAAACUAAAAUAGAUAAGUGAGAUAUAUACUUUUUGAGAUUACAGAUUAAAAUUAGCACUACUUAUCCAUCCAUCCCUGUGGUUAGAAACAUUCAUUUCUUAUUUUAAAUUUUAAUUCCCCUCAGCAUCGAUUAUCGAUUGACAGGUCGGUUGUUUACAAACAUGUGUCAGUUAGUGUCAAAUUACACCGUGUUUAUCCGGGUACCUACUUUUAAGAGAUCUACAUAGUCAAUUUAAUUUAAUGAACAAACUGAACCAACUGGAUGUUAUUUGAUUUAAAAAAUUGUUAUUUCUUGUAAUGUAAGUGCACGAUAUCAUUAUCUAUUAUCUGAGACCUUGCCCGCGAAAUUAUAGCCUAUGUUAACCUCAUAUCUUGAUAUAACAAAUUAAAAAUUAUUAUAGCGGUUUUAGGCAUGUAAAAGACAGAUACUUUUUAAUUUAAAAUUAUAGUAUGGACAACCUGUCAAUAACUUUGAAUAAAAAUACAUACAUAAAAACACUCCUCUUUCCCGGAGGGACAGAAGGAGACUAUAUAUAUCCACUUGCCACGAUCUCUGCAUACUUUCUUCGCUUCAUCUACAUUCAUAACUAUUUUCAUGCAAGCUCGGCGGUUUCGGGUACUCUUGACCUGACCCAUUACCAGGACAUCCUUAAUUUGAUCUCUCCUCCCUCCACACUCUCCUUGUAUAUCUGCUUAGUCAACCUGCUUUCAUUCAUCCUCUCCACAUGACCAAACCAUCUUAACAUACCCUUUUCUAUUCCAGUAACUACAUCUUCUUUCACCUCACAACAUUCCCUUAUCACGCUGUUCCUUAUCCAGACACUCAAUUUCACACCCAUCAUACUCCUUAACGCUCUCAUUUCCACUGCAUUUAUUCUGCUUUCAUGCUUCUUUUGCCAUUUCCAACUUUCACUUCCAUUCAUUAAUGUUAGGACCAACACACCCUUAUGCACAGCCAGUCGAGAUAAAAAUAUCGGUCAAAAUACCUCUAAUAUCUCAGUGAUAAUUUAAAAUGGAGAUAUAUUUAUGUUUCAAUUUAAAAUACUUAUACUAAAUAAUAAGCAUGCACGAAA